AUGAAAAUCCUCACACUUAUACUAAUUAUUGUUACGACAUCCACCUUAAUCUCGAUCAUCAAUGCUGCUGGUAGCAAAGAAGACUCAACAAAUUUAAUUCUAAAACAGUUUUUUAAUUCAUUUCUGGAAGCAAAACAACGAGAAACAUUAUUUAAUAAAUACAUCAAAUUAAGAAAAGAACUUCAAGUACUUGAAAAUAAUCUACCGAAACAAAAAGCAGAAGACGAAGAUAAUAAUGCACGGACAUAUACUCGUCGUAAAGUGGUUGGCAUUAGCGAUAAUCCAUUUUAG